AUGUCUACUUCAAUCAUUUUUGUCAGUUGAACAGUGUAAACAACUAAGAAUCUGUGAAUAUAUGUGUAGAUUUAUUGUUAAAAAAUACUAUUAAACAAUUAUUAAAAUGCCUGAACAAAAAGAUGAUCCUCGACAAGUCCUAGCAAUUCUCAAUUCUCUGGGAUAUGUUGGUAUAACAGCACAAGUAUUGAAAGCAUUUAUGAAAGAUUUAAAAUUACUCCGUAAAAUUAAAGAACGUGAACGUCAACAAUGGAGAGAAGAAAUGAAAAGAAAAAUUUUCUUUAAACAGCAAAAAGCGUUAGCAGAAUUAUUACACGAUAGUCCAAGAAGUGAUGUGGCAUCAACUUUGUCUUCCAAUGAUUCUGUAGUAAAAAUAAAAAUUAAAUGUGUAUCGACAUCAGAUUAUGAUGAUAAUGACGAAAAUUGUGAUGAGAAUCAACAAACACGACCAAAUAUUCAAAGAUAUCAAUCUCCAAGUCCAUCGAGACAACGUCAACCAAAUGAAUUGAAAAAAGAAUCACUUGCAAAAUGUAAAAAGACUAAAAUAAAUGAACAACAGAAACUAAAAAAAGAAGCUGGUAAUAGGAAAUCAAGAAAAUCCGAAAGUGAAAUAAUUAAUUCACUUUCUGAUCAUACUCAUGGAUUGGUGAUAUCAGAGAAAGUACCUAAACGAUCCCGAUCUAAAAGUAUUACUUCUGAGUCUACAUGUACGCCACAUACAAAUCGACAAGCACUUUCAAGGAGUUCUUCUCAUUCACAUCCCAAAUCAUUCAUUAGACCAUGGACUUUACGUUCAGAUACCCAAGGUCCUCCACAACAGACUAAAUCAGAUCCUGUCAUGUUGUACCAGAAAUAUCAGAAGGAUUGGAAAAAAUUUCCACUUCCCGGUGAGAACUUACACACUCGAAUCAGAUGGGAAAUUCGAGAAAAGAUGCUGGGAACUUAUCCAAUGCCAAGGCCAAUCUUAAAGAAAUCUUUCAGUACUAUGAGCGUAAAAAGAAGAUGACGAUAUGAUAAAUUAUCAUUGAAAAAUUAUCAUCAAGUGUUCAUGAAUAAAGAAAGUUGAUAAUAAGAUAAUUAAUUGCAAGAAUAAAUCAACAGACAGCUGUAGGAUACUAAUACGUUUUAUAUUAAAUAGACGAAAUUACCAUAGUUUGUAAAGUUUAUUCAGAAGAUCCAUACAACUAAUAAAUAUCUUAUUUCAUUAA